GUAUUGUUAAUCGCAUAGGUCGAACACUGUAACGUUGCUUGGCUAGAAACGGGAAAGUACCGUACAUCUAUCUGUCUUAUCGCACUGUCGCUUCGGUUUGCUUGGACAACUGGCUAUGCAGAACAUUUCAAUCAGGUGACGGUUUCGCGAGAUUCACCGUGGCAGCUGACUGAAAUUUUCGGAAGCGGAAGAUUCUGGGUGGAAACCGCAUGCAGCAGGAACGUGAUCAUGAUACGAGAGCCUGUACUGUCUGUACACAGUGCCGGCUGCAGAGGCGUUAACUUUUCAGCCCGUCGUAUGGAUUGGGUGAUGCGUACAUACUGAGCCGCAGUAUAUUUAUACAGAAGGAGUCUACUAUCUAUGUGAAAUGGCGCUACUCUAGAACCCUUCUUGGAUAUCCGUGGAGUUUUUGCACAAAUUCUUGAGGUACUGGUUAAUCGUGCGGAAUUUAUGGAGCCACUGGUCGUUCAGGGGAAGCAUGUCUUCCUAUUGGCACUGGGAAUGCUGCUGUUCCCAGAAUUUGUUGCAGCGACCCCAACAUCGUCAAGUGAGCCAUUCGCGCUGUUCUGCAAUUUGGAGCCGUUCGCGCCCGCCGCUCAGCAAAUGCAGGCGCUGGCAGAUUGCAUUACGGCCAUCGGCACGAAUUUCCGGCGGCUGGCUGACGCGAUGAACGGCAACAACUCAUCAAAGCUUGUAAGCAGCCCGGAAGUUGCGCUUCCUCCAUCCUCUCCGCCGGCCAAUCUCACCACCACUACAGUUCGUCCCUCACCGACUACAGAGCCGCCCGCACCGAUUCACCGUCAACGCGGCGCUACUCCGCCUUUCGCCGCCGCGUCAGUCCACCAUCAACGCGAAAUGUCCUGGCCACGGCGCUUCAUGAUGGGCCAAGGGCAGAUGGCCGAACAGCAUCUGCUCUUCACCAUCGUCCUGGGCACCCUCGUCCUUCUGGGUGUUAUUUUCUGUCUGAUAGUACCCUUUCUCGAAGCCCUGGAAAAGCGUAGUGUGCCUGGACGCAUCAUGAUGUUGACAGCGGCGAUUCUGGGCCUUCUGUCCGGUGCUUGGGCCCUGGAUAAUAUUAUUACAGCGCUUUACGAAUGACGUUCGACUAAGGGGCUUGUUGCCAGUAAUCCACCAUGUAUGCUUUUAUUGUGACGUUAGACCUGUCACAGUGUGCUUCCUGUGUUUAACUUCACAUGAUCUGUGCAAACGCUAUCCUUCGCUUCUAACAAGUAACAACUAUCGUCAUUUUUUUGGGAAACCUUAGCUGAACUGUGCACCUGGACGAUUUUGUGCCCAAAUACUCACCUGAAUUGAGUAUAUACUGUAUAUUGGCAUAUAUAUUGUAACUGAAACCAUCUGUAUAGUAGCUACUUAAAGUUUAAGUUUCAGUGAGCUGAAAUUAUUGAAUGUCUUGAACUGGGUGUCUUCCACGUACUAAUAAACCGUAUA